UAGCUAGCUAGCUAGCAAAACAAAUAGCUAAUAAGGAAGUAAGAAAAAAAGUCUCAAACUCGAGAGAGGUGAGAUGACCUCCUCCACCCUUGGUCAGUCGGCUCCUCAUCUGCCAAACUUUGAACCGGGGAUGGGGAAGCCCGCAGCCAUGCUGGGGUUGUCAACUGGAUUGGGGGGAGCAGAGAUGGAGCUGCAGAAGAUGCUGAUCGACGAGCGGAUGAAGAGUGAGAACCACAGGAAAAAUUACCAGACAUUAAAGGCGGAACAUACCAGCCUGCAGGAUGAGUACACACGGGCACAGGCUGAGCUGAAGCGCCUGCUGAGUGACAAACAGUCUGAGCAGGAGAAACUGCAACUCCUGUUGGCCGAGCUGCGUGGAGAGCUGCUGGACAAAGCCAGGGAGCUGGAAGAGCUUCGUCUGCAGGUGAUGACCCCUCAGCGGCUGGAGUUGCUCAGAGCUCAGGUGCAGCAGGAGAUGGAGGCUCCAGUCAGAGACAGAUUCAACAAGCUGGAGGAGGAGACGGAGAAGUACAGGUCUGAGUACAACAAGCUGCGGUAUGAGUACACAUUUCUCAAGUCCCAGUUUGACCAUCAGAGAGAGGAACACGCUCGUGUGCUAGAGGAAAGGAAGAUUUGCUAUGAGGCGGAGGUCUCCCGUCUGGAGAAGGACAGAGAGGAGCUGGUGGCUCAGUAUCAAGGUUCAGAUGUGCUGCGUGAUGGGAAACGAGUAGAGGCUCUUCUGAGAGAGAAAGCUCAGCUCCACCUGCGGCUGAAGGGGUUGGAGGCAGAGGUGGCCGAGCUUAGAGCCCAGAAGGAGAAUUCGGGUCAGCAGGCUGAGAAUGUCCAGCGCAUCCAGAUCAGACAGCUGACAGAGUCUCAGGCUGCACUGAAGUCACUGGAGGCGGAGCGCCAGUCGUUGCGUCUGCAGCUGGAGCGCAUGGAGAGCGAGCUUCACCAGAGCCAUGAGCAGAACAGCCAGCUCACUGGGAGACUGCACAAAGCUGAGAGAGAGGUCAGCUCUCUCACCUCUCAGAUUGAAAGCCUGAAGCAUUCACAUAAGCUGGAAAUAGCCAGUGUCAAACUGGAGUGUUCACGUUCUAAAGGGGAGGUGGAGAGAGAGAGAGACACCCUGCAGGGACAGAUUGAUGGUCUUCAGGCAGACGUGGAGGUACUAAAUGCAGCGGUAGAACGACACAAGGAAGUCCUGGUGGAAAAGGAGAGGGAGAUGGUCAGAAGGGUGCAGUCUGCUCGAGAGGAAGAGUUCCGUAAGAUGGCAGCCCUGCAUGAGGAAAAGUUAGAGUUGGAGAACCGUCUUGCAGCACUAGAACAGCAGAGGGCGCUGUAUGAUGCCUCAGCUCAAGCCCAGAAGGAGGAGUGGGAGGAGCGACUCCGCAGCACCCAGCAGGGUGAAGAGACAGCACGCAGAGAGCUGCAAAACCUGAGGACUAAGUUACAGCAGCAGAGCUCACAGCUUGAGGAGCUGGAGAGGCAGAAAGCAGAAAUUGCUGAUCUGCAUCAACAAAACCAGGAACUUGGUGUGCAGAUGGAGGCGCUGUCUCACUCUGAAAGUGACCUGAUAGAGACGAACCGACGACUGAGAGAAACACUGGACAGAGUGAGGGAGGAGCUGAGGACAGCCCGGGCACAGGCAGAGAGGAGCCAGCACGAGGCAGAGAGGUUGGUGGAGGAGCGUCGUAUCGAGUGGUUGGAGGAGAAGCACAAGCUGCAGGAGCGAGAGGCUGAGCUGCAGCAGAAAUAUUCUCAGGUCAAAGACAAACUGCAGAGGGCAGCGGUGGCCCAAAAGAAGAGAAAAACGCUGACGGAGAACAAAGAGAAGAAACUGCAGGAUAAAAUCCAGUUGCUGGAGGCCAAGAUCGAGGAGCUGGAACUGGAAGCUGCUGCAGUCAAAAAGCGUUCAUUGUUCUCACAAGAGCAAGCUCAAGUGAACAAACGGCUGAAGGAGCUGCAGAGGCGUCACAAUGAGUUUCGGCGCCUCCUGCUUGGCGGUCAGGGCCCUUUCAGUGCAGGCCCUGGGUUCCUGACCUCUUCACAGGCCCCCUUCGUCCUCCUCGGGUCUGAGGGACAGUUUGGUAACAACCCAGAGGAUCAUGGUUCGGAAUUCUCUCUGUUGCGUCAGAGGCUGGAGAAUCUGGAAAGUGCCCAGCAACAGCAGUUGGAGGAACUGGGCUCUCUGGUACAAAGAGAUCGGAGCACAACACCCCAGCCUGAACUCUGACACGGUU